AGAGUACUGGCAGUAGCUACGCAGGAAAGAGAGAAAAAAAACAGAUUUCUCGCCACACAGUGCAGCAGCCACUUUUCACCUCCGGAUCGAAGGCCAAACGAAGUCGGAUCGUGCUCAAAUUUUAGUAUGUUGUUCCUCACACACUCCUCUUCAUAUCCAACGGUCAGUUUCUCGUUUUGAUGCCCGGAAGGCUGUUUUCUGGUUGCGUUUUCAGACCUGCGUUUUUGGGAGUUUUUACUCCAUUUUAUGGUGAAUUGUUGAUUGUUGUUGUUCCAAGGUUGCUCCUUGAUGAUUGUGUAUGCCUCUAGUGUUUACUAGAGAGGAGAACUUGUUGUACCCACUUGAUUCUUGGUGAUUAGUGGAAGUUUGGGAGCCGUUGUUGAGCGGCCGUGGUUUUCUCCCCGAUUUGGGGUUUCCACGUAAAUCGUGUGUAUCUACUUUAUUAUCACUGCCAUUUAUUUGUGUGUGUGCUGCUGAUUUUUCAGAGUUUAUUGUGCUUGUUAUUCAUCUCAUUAAUUUGGGGAAAAGAUUUUAUACGCUUCCGUUGUGUUUUGUUCCGUGCUUCCCCGACAAGCUCGAUGAAAAAUAAACAGAGUGGUAAUCUCAAUGAAAAUGAGUUGUAUCAGAAAGGGGCAGAUUCAGCUCAAUAUGAAUAGAAUCUAUAUAUAUCAUCGCCACCGGAGGCCGGCACCCCCCAUCACCACCGGGGAGGCUGAGGCCCUCAUUCAGAGGGUUGGGAUCACGGCCGAACAAUUCAAGGAGGUGCUGGCCGCACUUGCACCCAACCGCAAGGUUGUGGUAGGAGAUGUGGCUGGGGGACCCACAGGCGGGAAAGCUGGACCUGCAGGCUCCCAAGGAAGAAAGAAAAAAGUGAGGCGGUCCCAGAAGAAGAAGGCGACCAAGCCUAAUGGGAAGGCUAUGAUGGCAGAUGCGCUUUCCAGGCUGGAAGAAGAGGACGAGUCGGCCUCCUUCGAGUGGAUGUCUGCUUUUGACCGUUUGGGAGACCCCAAGUCAAAGAAACCUCGGACCUCUGCGUUCGAACGGCUGCAGGACACUCGGUCGGCCCGAAAAGGCGACUUGAGAGACACGCUCAAGGAGAAGAAAGGGGAGUCCACAGCGACCUCCAAGGUUGGUUCUGAGGAGCGACGGAUCACAGUCAGGGAUAAGGGCGCAACCGAGCUGUGGAAAAUGUACGAACAACUGGAGAAGCGGCUGGAUGCCCAGAACCCCUAUCGCCAGGCGGUCUUCAGUGAGGUAACGCCCUUCUCCAAAAGGAUAAUGUCCUGCUCUCUCGCAGAUAAUUUCAAGACUCCCCAGAUCAAGGCGUACAACGGGACGACCGAUCCCCAAGACCACCUCGCUCGCUUCGGGGCCAACGUGGUCAUGUAUGCAUAUCCAGAAGAAAUCAAGUGUCGGUGCUUCCUGGCGACACUAGAGGGGCAGGCUUGUGAGUGGUUUCACAAGUUACCCAAGGGGUCGAUAGAUAAGUGGAGCGACCUGGCCCACAAGUUCUUGGAGCACUUCACAUCCAGCCGGAGACAAAAGCUCCCCUUCUCGCAUUUGCUCAAUGUGAAGAUCCGGAAGGGGGAACAACUCCGGGAGUUCAUUAAUAGGUGGGAGAUGGAGGCUAGGGAUGUCCAAGGGGCGGACGACCAAGCCCUGAUCGCCAUGCUCCAAGCUGCACUCCCCCAAGGGGAUGUGCGUAAGGAGCUGCGACGGAAUCCUCUCUCGACCUAUCAAGAGAUGUUGGCCAGGGCGAAGUACCUGGCGCUGGAAGAGGAAUAUGAUGAGCCACCAGUCCGGAAGGAGAAGAAAAGCGGGCCACCUGUGGCAGAAGGAAAGAAAAGGAAGGAUUAUGGUAAGGGGCCGAACCCCACCGGGUAUCAUGCGAACAGGCAUCUUGUUCACGCGAAGGAGGAAGGGCGACCCCGAGCUGAGCCGGCGGAAGAGGUCGAGGAAGUUUCUUUGGACCCGGUUGAGCCAGAGCGGAAGGUGAAGGUAGGUAAAACCUUACCGCCUGAAGUAAAGGAGCAGUUAUUGGAGGUCCUCCGAGCAUUCAAGGUGCUAUUCGCUUGGGGACCAGAGGAUAUGCCAGGGGUCGACCCAAAAAUCAUUUGCCAUAGAUUGGCAGUGGAUCCGACCCACAAGCCGGUCAAACAGGAGAAGUGUUUCCUCUCCUCAGAACGGAGAGAGUUUGUAACCAAGCAGGUGACCACCCUGCAAUCCAUUGGGCACAUCCGGGAAGUCCGCUACCCGGAAUGCCCAAAUGCCCCAUCACGGGUCAGCAAGUGGGGGGUGUUCCUGGGAUCCUUCCAAAUAGAGUUCAAGCCGCGACCGGCGAUAAAGGGGCAGGCACUAGCAGAUUUCGUGGUAGAAUGCACUGCGAGAGAGGUAGAAUCUAGUGGAGAAGAACCCGAAGGGAAUUGGUGGACCGUGUACACCGAUGGGUUGUCCGCGACUGAUGCUUCGGGGGGAGGUGUCGUGGCGAUAUCACCGGAAGGGUUCAAGGCAUACUACUCCGUGAGAUUCCGGUUUAAAGUCUCGAACAAUGAGGCUGAAUAUGAGGCACUGCUUUGCGGCUUGAGGUUGGCAGCCUCAUUAAAAGCUGAGCGAAUCCAAGUCCGGUGCGAUUCCAAGCUAGUGGUAGGCCACGUCACUGGAGAAUUUGAGGCCAAGGAUGAACGAAUGAAGAAGUAUAGAGACACUGCCCUGGAGUUGCUUAAUGCAUUUGAGGCGUACCGGAUAGAGCAGGCAAUGACCCAGGAAGAAGAGUUGCUCGAGCCAAGCAUCAGUCCCGGACAAGUGCUGAUCAUCACACUCAAAGAGGAGCCGGAUUGGAUUGAUGAGAUUACCAUGUACAUCCUUGACGGGUCGCUACCUAUCGACCCAAUCGCGGCAAAGGUGGUGAAACGACGUGCACCCAGCUACACGCUGGAGUGCGGUCGGCUGUAUAAGCGAUCGUACAAUGGUACAUUGUUGAGGUGCUUAAGAGCGGCCGAGGCACAGAAGUUAAUGGAGCAAAUCCAUGAGGGAAUUUGUUCAGCACAUCAGGGAGCCUUCACGAUGUCCAGGAAGGUUGAGAACACCAAUCGUACCAUCAUGGACGGCCUCAAGAAGAACAUAAUGGAAUGCAAAAGUGCCUGGGUGGAAGAAGUGCCCUAUAUUUUGUGGACCUACAGAACUACCCCAAGGAAGGCCACAGGUGAAACUCCUUUCUCGCUCACAUAUGGAUUUGAAGCAAGGGCUCCAGCGGAGACCUCGUUGUUAAAUUAUAGAGUAGAGACGUUUGAUGCUCAAGGAAAUGAGGAGAACCUGAUGGGAGAACUGCACCUCAUUGAUGAGCGAAGGGAAAGGGCAUAUAUGCGGGCAGAAAACUACCGCCGGCAGGUCAAGUCAUAUCACGACCAGCGGGUGCGACCAAGGCAGUUCAAGGUGGGCCACUGGGUCCUUCGGAAGAGGGAGGUUAGCCGGCCGACCAAUGGAGGGAAGUUUGCUAAAAGCUUCGAGGGGCCAUAUAUCAUUAAGUAGGUGUUGGCUGAUGGGACAUUUAGAUUGCAGACUCCAACCGGUGGCGACGUUCCGCGAGUAUGGAAUGCCUCCAACCUUAUCAAAUUUUAUCAAUAGGUUGUAUUCCAGCCAUGUCUUUUUCUUGAAGUUUAAUAAAACCAGCUUUCUGGCACACCU